CUUUUAUAACAUUUUGGUCAAAGUCAGCUGGGAUUGCUAUUUUUUUGCUCAAUAACUUGCCGCAAAUAUGUCGUUAAAAUUAAUUUUCUACCGGAAAUAUUUCCAAAAUGUUAAAAUUUUAAAUAAAUCCUUUUUAUCUACGAGCUCAAUCCUGAAUGCCAAAGUUGCUGUUGUUCUGUCUGGAUGUGGCUGCAACGAUGGAAGCGAAAUUCAUGAAGCAUCGGCCUGCCUGGUUCAUCUCAGUAGAGGCAAGGCAGAUGUGGCAGUCUUUGCCCCGGAUAUCGAUCAGUAUCACGUCAUUGAUCAUGUUAAAGGUAUGCCUAUGGAAGGGGAAAAGAGAAAUGUCCUGAAAGAAUCAGCAAGAAUAGCGCGGGGACAGAUUCAGCCAAUCACAUCUCUGAGGUCCUCAAUCUUCGAUGCCGUCAUCUUCCCUGGUGGAUUUGGUGCUGCUAAAAAUUUGUCUUCAUUUGCAUUUGAUGGACCAAAGUUUACGGUCGAUAAGGAGGUCGAAAGAGUGCUGAAAGAUUUUCAUUCAUCCAAAAAACCAAUUGGAUUAUGCUGCAUAGCUCCUAUCCUGGCGGCAAAAGUCCUCAAGGGUUGCGAAGUGACUCUGGGGUUCGACAAACAAGAUGACCAAUGGCCUCACAGUGGGGCAUGCGCUGUUGUAAGGGAUCUUGGCUCCAAGCAUGUUGACUGCUCUGUUGUUGAGGCGUAUGUUGACCGGAAGAACUUGCUGGUAACCACCCCGGCUUUCAUGGGGACAGCCUACCUUCACGAGGUCUUCGACGGAAUCGGCAAGAUGAUCCAGAAAGUUCUUCAACUCGCCGACAAGAAAUAAUUCAUUGUUAUCAGUUUUUAAGAAUAUAAAUUGCUGGUAAUUUAUCUUGACGAGACAUUGGUUGCUUUUUCAUUUACUUUUUGCUUGUUUGGAAAAAAAAUGUCAUUUUAUGUUACUUCAAAAAAGUAUUUCGGAUAGAGAAUGUCAUUGAUGCAAUGACGAAAGGACUUCAUGUACGCUGUAUAUGUCCGAGAAAUAUUCUUUUAUUUAUUUAUUUAACAACUGACCAGAGGGCAUCAAGAUGUCUCUUACCCAGUCAGAAAAAAAUGAACUAAAUUCAACACAAAUGGCAAUUUUUUCAACAUUUACAAAAAAUGUUGAAAAAAUUGUUA